AUAGCACUAGUUUCUCAGUACUGUACAAAGGAAGGAAGUUGGCUUUAACCGCUCUGAACAAACUAAGUUGUUCUCAUAUCACCAAGAGGCAGAAUGGACCAAACAUCUCUUCAGUGGCUGCUCUUUCUGAGCUCACUGCUGUUCUGCACAACAAGCCAAGCUCGUCUGACUGUGAGUCCCAGCAGCUCUCAGUUUUUUCAGUGGUCAUCUGUCUCUCUGAGCUGUGAGGAAGACAACAGCUCAGGUGGAUGGACGCUGAGGAGAAACACAACCACAGGUCUGUCUCAGUGCGGAGAUGGCUGGGGAAGAUCAGCUGGUUCCUCCUGUAAAAUCAGCCCCAUUGACCCAAUGGACAGAGGAGUUUACUGGUGCGAGUCCAGAGAGGGAGCAACCAGUAACAGCAUCAACAUCACUGUCACUGGUGGAUCAGUGAUCCUGCAGAGUCCUGUCCUCCCUGUGAUGGAGGGAGAUGAUGUCACUCUGCACUGUAAAACAAAGACCUCCAACCUCCCAGCUGAUUUCUAUAAAGAUGGCUCCCUCAUCAGGACUGAGCCUGCAGGUCACAUGACCAUCCACCAUGUUUCCAUGUCUGAUGAAGGCCUCUACAAGUGUCACAGCAGCAGUCAUGGAGAGUCUCCACCCAGCUGGAUCACUGUCACAGGGAAACCCAACACCACCUCUCAGUCUACACCCCUCUUUACUACUACUCCCACCUCCACCUCUCCUCGUCUCAUUGUUUCAUCAGUUCCAUCCGUCUGUGGUCUGGUUCUACUGGUGAUACUGGUGCUACUAGUGAGACGAUGUGUUCGGAGGAAAGCUAAAGCUGCUGAAUUAGAAGUUGGAGAAAAUGACAUCACCAAUGACAUCACAUACAGUGACAUUAACAUAUUGCGUUGCCAACCACAGCAAAUCAAACGGAUCAGAGAGAGUGAUCCAGCCGCUGUUUACUCUGCAGUGAAAACAACAGAAGACGUCAGUUAUAGACAAAUAGUCAUCAAAUCAAAGAGGACGAGAGAGAGUGAUCCAGCUGUAGUUUACUCAGCAGUGAGAAGAACAGAAGACGUCAGUUAUGGACAAAUUGUUGUCAAAUCAAACAGGACGAGAGCGUGUCCACCAGAGCCAGAGGUUGUCUACUCUUCACUGAGGAAGACCUCCACACCUUCACACCAGUCCAACCACUGACAUCCAGCUGACCUGUUACUGGUCUCCAGAGCCCCUCAGGCAACAGUACAUUCAUUUUUUAAACAUAUUUUAUAUAUUUCAUGUUGUUCCCCCUAAAUUAGACUCAUUUUUUUUCAUUUUUAAAUUAGAUUC